AUGAUCGAGGCGUGCCAGACGUGCAACAAAGAGAUGCAGCGCCAGACGAAGGCUCACAAGCCUGGCGCUCUUUUCCUUCGCAUCUUGCUGUCGAUGCUUCAGCGAUCUUGGAGGCAGCUCAAGAACUCGGGUUCGAAGCUCACCAUGUACGUGCGAGCCAGGAUGCUGGCUCAGGGUGCGCGAAGGGGCACUCACGAACGAGAUUAUUGGGCCGUGCAAGGCCAUGGUGACAGCACAGGCAGGAGUGAGGCGGCAGGCGAAGCGGUCCUCGAGUACUCGAUCGAGAGCCACUGCGCGACCCCCAGGAACAGCGAAGAGGACCCGCAGAGGCCGCCGCCCCGUGGCGAGGGCCUCCCGCCGCACCUCGAGCUGCGGGCGGUCUUGGGGGCGGCGCUCGCCAAGUAG